AUGCUGGGCUCGAUGGGGAGGUUCGGCACGCUGGGAGCGGGGCUGGCGGCCUUCGUGCUUGGGAAUGGCGUAAUCGCGUUCUCCCCUUCCUACAUUCCUGGGCAUUCCGGCCCUGGUCCGACGGCACGCUCCCCGCUGUCCUCAAGGAGGUGCGGCAGCAGGAGCUCCGCAAAAACACGGCCGUCAGCAUCAACCGCAAGGGUCGACUUCGGUGGGGUGGACCAUGACCACCGGCCUGAAGGACGCAAGAGGCGGUUUCAGUUGCGCGCCGCGUCGGCAGCGGUUCCCCCGGAGGCGGCACCAAGCGGGGCGGCGGGCGACGGAGCGGAAGCGGAUAAGUCGGUGAUCGGCGCCGUGUACAGGUUCACGCGGCCGCACACGAUCAAAGGGACGAUUCUCGCUUCGGUGACGGGCGUGGCGAGAGCUCUCAUCGAAUCCCCUAACGCGAUCAGCUUGGACCUGGUGCCGAAGGCUGUGCUCGGGUUGCUCUCGCUCCUCCUUGGCAACGCGUUCAUCGUCGGCAUCAACCAGAUCUACGACGUAGACAUUGACAAGGACCUGCCGGACGUGAAGGGGGACAAGGAGUACAAUAUCUCGACCUUCGCGUCGAAGAGGGGAGUCAAGUUCACGGCGCGAGCGGCUUCGGCGAUUCUGGCGGUUAACUACUUGUCAGCCAUCGCGGAGGGAAUCCUUUCACCCGCGGGCACUUUCAACAGGCGGGUCAUGGUCGGCGGUCACUCGGCGCUGCUGGCUAUCCUCGGACUCGCUAUCCGAAGACUCGUACCGGACGACCAGGGAAGCAUCAAGCGGUUCUACCUUCGCAUCUGGGAUCUCUUCUACCUCGAGUACGCCAUGUACCCGUUCAUGUAGUCUUCUUCGUCGACGUGUACCCGUUCGUGCGGUGUCGUCUUCGACGUGUACCACCUGUUCAUGCAGUGUCUUAAUCGCCGUGGCCAUGCAGUCUGCCGAGUGACGCUCGGUGUGCGACGUGUCGAGUACAGAGUCGUGGGUCCGACAUCAGAGGGCACCUUAUCAGAAGGGGGCUCCGAUAGAAGAAGGUCCAAAUCGGCUGUCACGGACUCGACCCCCUGUAGUAUACUUCAGAAGUUAGGAACCCUCUUGUUCGGGUAUAAGAGGGGGGUCCGAUAAUGAUGGGCCGAGGGAUGUUUGCCACACCACCCUCUUUUGUCGGAGCCACGGCUGUGCGCCCCUUGUAACCGGUUCCUGUGUAGUCGGCGGCGGCGGCGGCGGCGGCGGCGGCGGC